GAUAAGGAAUACAAUAUACAGAGGGGGGAUCCAAUCCGGUUUGAGCUAGUUCCUGUGCUGAUAGAACAUUUAUGUUAGUAAGUUACAGUGUGUUCUGGAUCUGGAGGUACUGACUGAGUUACACUGUUCACGCUCAGUAGGCUAGCUCACUCAAUUGUCAUAUUUUAAAUCUUAUUAGUGCUCUGUCCUCUAGACAAAACAAGCUAAGCAACCAUGCCGAAAAGAAACAAAGCUAAUAAUGAAACUGAGGUGGAGCCAAAGAGGCGAUCCCAGAGGCUGUCAUCUAAACCUCAGGCAGAGCCCAAGGCAAAGGCAAAGCCACAGAAGUCACCCGCUAAACCCAAAAAGGCAAAGGAGGUAGUGAAGGCCAAACCCGAGAAGAAGGAAGAGCCGGAGGAGGAGGAGGAAGAAGAAGAGGCCCCUGCAGAGAACGGAGAGGCCAAGCCUGAGGCUGAGGAGGAGGAGGCACCAGCAGCAGAGGAGCCAGAAGCUGAGGAGGCCGACGAGCCCGAGCAGAAAGAGGAGGAGGAGGAGGCAGAGGAGGAGGCAGAGUAACUGCCUGGUCACCAGCGCUCCCUGUACCUCCUUUCUUGUACAAUGCAGAGGAUAUUUUUAUCAACUAUUUUCUUAAAAAAACAAAACAGGUUUUUUAGUAGUAUGAAUGUAGAAACACAUUUUUAUUUUUUGUUUUGUUGUUUUUUUAUACGAGAAAAAAAAAGACAUUUGGAGAUUGUCUCCGUUGUAUCCCACACUUACACAUCUCUGAAAGAAAUGUUAUGGUCAUUGUGUGGUCAAUGUUUCUUUUUUUCUUUAUUGUCUGAUUUUGUUUUCAACAAGGGGAGGGGACAGGUUGGAGCUAAAACAUGCAAUCAUGCCAAUAUCAGGAAUUUGUUGUUCAACUAGGAGAGGUUGCCUGAGACUAACAUUCCAUAGGCUGUAUGAGGGACCGUGUAAGAAACCUGUAUUGUGGUGGGGGCAGGAGGGGCUAAUACUUUUUUUGUUUAUAAUGGGGGUGUAGGACAGGGGGAGGGGGGUGACUGUUAAAACUUUUCUCUAUGAAUAUUAACUCCUUUAUCCAUGCAGUUAUUUUCCCUUUUUUGGUUAAUCAUACUCACUAGUACUGGAUUUCUUUGUCAGACCUGUGCAUUAUGUGAAAUGGUUCUUGUCUCUGUUUGGCAAUGACAUUGCAAUAACAUUUGUAUAGCUGCUGUGAAAGUAGGUUUUUCAUUAUUUCGAUAUGCAGUAUGUAACGGUACAUGGUGAGGAUGAUUAAAUGGACUGGGGUGUUGUUAGCCAAGCUAAUUAACACAACACACAAUACAGUGUUAAACAUACUGGCUCUAGAAAUCCUUCUGGGAUAUACUGUUAAACAAAUGACUGUAAUUUCACUUAAGAUCACAAGUGAACAUACCAGAAGUAGCAACAUUCUCAUGUGGUUUUAGGAUUUAUGUACCAAUGUACAGUUUUCUCAGUUUUUUGUAGCCGUGUCUGUGUAAUGGUUGGUAUAGAAAAUGCCAAUUAAAUGGUUGUAAAAUCUCUGCUGUCUUUUACUUCAUUUAAAACGCAAAAGUAAUACAUAUAGAAAAAGGGGUAUUCGUUUGGGUAAAAACCAAUUCAACAAUGCAGUGGAAUGUAUUUUUCAUCUACAGUAAUGUCUAUGUUUUGAUGUCUGACUUGAUUUGGACUUCUGAUUAAAGUCAUGAUGUGCUCUUGAUGAAA